CUGUUUUCUGACAUGAGCGGUAAGAAUUCCGUGGUGUAGCAAGCUACAGUAAGGAAUUAUGAGGAGUCUGUCCAUUAACGCAGGUGAACUUUGAACCACCUUGGCGUCAGGGCAUUAAACCAAAGGGUCAUUUAAGUUAACACUUCAGCAUACGGAACAUUAUUUAAAGAGAUUUCGCCAACCAUGUCGAAUCCAGAAGGCUUUCAUAUCAACACACCACUACUUGAGAGUGUAAGCAUGUCUAAACGAGCGGGGACCGCUGUGCUUUUGAAAAUGGAAAGUUCUCAACCCUCCGGCUCUUUCAAAAUCCGCGGUAUCGGACACCUGUGCCAAAAAGUUGCUCAGUCGGGAUCUAAAGGAGUCGUUUGUGCUUCAGGUGGAAAUGCUGGCAUGGCUACAGCCUAUGCCGCACGUAAACUUGGCAUCCCGGCAACCAUUGUUUUACCCACAUCAUCACCAGAGCUUGUGGUCCAGAAGUUAAAGGAUCAGGGGGCCACAGUAAAAGUGGUGGGCAAGGUUUGGGACGAUGCGAAUGCUGAGGCUCUGCGCAUGGUGGAAUCUGAGAGCCUGGUGUACGUGCCUCCUUUUGACCACCCCCUUCUCUGGCAGGGUCAUGCCAGCAUAGUGCGGGAGUUAAAGGCCUCCCUGCCUGAGAAGCCUGGGGCUAUAGUUUUGUCUGUAGGGGGAGGAGGCCUGCUAUGCGGGGUGGUAGAGGGCCUGAGAGAGGUGGGAUGGGAGAGUGUGCCGGUGCUCUGUAUGGAGACUGUAGGAGCAGAUUGCUUCAAUGCUGCUGUCAAGGCUGGAAAGCUCGUCACUUUGCCUGACAUCACAAGCGAAGCUAAAUGUUUGGGAUCUAAGACGGUGUGCAGGCAGGCGUUCGACUAUAGCAAGGAGGCCAGCCUGAUCUCUGAGGUGGUGACAGACCUGGAAGCACUGGAGGCAGUGGAGCUGUUCUUGGAUGAGGAGCGUGUGCUGGUGGAGUUGGCGUGUGGAGCUGCCCUGGCGGCCGUGUACAGCGGUCUGAUCCAGAGGCUCCAGGGGUUGGGGCAGCUGCCUCGUCCUCUCGGCCCGCUGGUGGUGAUCGUCUGCGGGGGCAGCAGCGUGGACCUGGCCCAGCUCAUGCACCUGAAGACGAAGCUGCGCCCCUGAAGGGAGACCGAGACCGCUCACCUCGGGGGUUCUGCUGGAGUGUUGGGGAACAGCUUACUCUCCGGCAAGGAUUAGCCACAUUCCUGAUACAACAUGGCCAGUUCAGGUACCAGUCACAGUAACUGUAGAGAACCAUGCAGGCUAUUUGAGUUAGGACUUCGGGCUGUUAGUACACACUAACUUGACCAGUGUUAUUAGAUUAGUGAUGUCAUUAUUCUCUUCAAUGAAUAAACAAAAAUAUAGGUAUAGAAAAUGGCUUUAACACACACCAUCUUCUCGUAAAUAUCACAACUUGUGGAUAUCGUCCCGAAAUCUUUUUCAGUGCCAACAGUCAACAGUCAUUUUGAUGGAAUAGAGAAACCUAAAUGUCCAGAAUAUGGUCAGUGUGUUUUCAAUCUAAUGAGUGGACAUACUAAUCAGUCAAGAUGAAUAUUAUAAAUGCAAAUACAGACCCUGUGAACCCCACCCAGUCCCUUUUAGAAUUGGCUUGAAAUGUAACUUGUGCAUUCUGCAUAGUGUUUUACCUGUUCAAAUUCUUGUUCUGACCUCUGCUGCAAACAUACCACAAACAGCGUAAAUGUCUUUUACAGGGGCACAGGGACUAAAACCAUUUAGCCUUAAAUGAGCUCGCUCCUCUUAAUCUGCUCAGUAGACAGGUUGUGUAAUACAAUAUUGUAAUUGAUGAAAGUGGAUCACUGGAUACUGGAAAUGGACUGAUUAAAAGGAUUGUAAAGCA